AUGUCUGGAGAAUGCAGCUUCAGCUCUGCGGGGGUGUACGACGGCAUCGUGUUCAGCCGGAUAUUCCAGAUCCUUUACAGAAAUGAGGAGAUUUCGGUGAAUGACUGUCUGCUCUUCAAAGUCCACCUGCUGCUGGACGGAGAGAAGGUGGAGGAAGCCUUGAGUGAGGUGGACUUUCAGUUGAAGCUGGAUCUUCAUUUCACUGACAAUGAGCAACAGUUGGCAGAGAUACUGACUGUCCCCUUGAUCAGCAGUCGCACCCUCAGCCUCCACUUCCACCCGCGGAGAGGCCUCCACCACCACGUCCCUGUCAUGUUCGACUACUUCCACCUGUCCGUCAUUUCGGUCUCCAUACAUGCCUCACUGGUUGCCUUACAUCAGCCGCUUAUCAGCUUUGCACGUACAGGGAAGGGCUCCUGGCUGGGGAAGAGCUCCCCAGAUAGCGCCAGCGACCCAUCUGCCAUGUCUGUAGAGAACCUUGUGUUCGGAGCUGGCUACUGCAAGCCUGUCAUCUCUGAGGGGAGCUUUUAUGUGCCCAGUGAAGACUGCCUGCAGAGAGCUCAUACGUGGCACCGAAGGCUCUGUCGCCUCCUGUUGGUGGCACACAGAGGCCUACACACGUACUACACUGCACUGAUGAAGGAAAUCCCACAACUCCAGCAGAUUCCACUAAUGUCAGAGGCGCUUCAUGUAGAAGAAACUCUCAACCAGCUCACAUUAGAGUUACAGCUGCAAGAGGGCCACGAGAAGGUAGCGGAGCAGAUCAGCAGGGACGUGAGCCAGCUCUGUUCCCAGCUGGCUGCUCUGUGGAGCAGCUUCCUGGAGGCUGCUGUGCACAGCCCCCACAUCCUGUCCUAUCUGGUCCAGGAGCACCACACGCUCAGGGUCAGGAGGUUCUCCGAGGCAUACUUCUUCACUGAACACCCCAAAGAGAUGUCUCUAACCUUUCAAGAGGAACUAAUCAACAGACAUGGCCAGAUAGCUACAGAGGUUCGGAGUUCAGACUACCUUACCAAGAUGCCUCCUCUACCAGUUGAGUGCCUGGACAUCGAUGGGGACUGGAACAGCCUGCCUAUUAUCUUUGAGGACAGAUAUGUGGAGUCUCCUCAAACAGAGUCGGUCUCACAUGUGCCAAUGACUGCAACUACUGAAACGCGGACCAGAUCAGAUCCAGCGAUCACUUCUUCCAAAAAUAUUUGUGGAAGCAGCCAGGGAGCCAGAUCACCAGCAAUACCCUUGGAUCCCUUGGACAGUGAUGACUGCAUGGACCUGCCCACAUAUGUCUCUCUUAUAGCAGAGCAGAGUAAGACCUGUCCCAAUAUCAGGAGCAUCCAGAGCCCCAUUCCUCCUGAGGACAGAGCUGAACUCCCUCCAGGAGAGGCAGAACACGUGAAGAGGCCAGCAGAAACACAAGAGGAAGUUGAGGAGAACUGCAGUCCGGGUCUGAGGCACCUCACAGUAAAGCCUUGUGAUGUAGAUCCAUAUAGAGGCGAAACCGUCCUGGUUCACACCUCAGGCGACAUCCCACUCACCGUCUCCACUAGCAACGGUGAUGAGACCCCUGUUCUUCAUGGAACAAAAAACACUGUCCCGCUUUCUGAUGCCACAAAGGAGAGCUAUGCAAGAGAGGAUGAAAACAAUAAAGAGGAGUCUGACAUUGCAAUGCCUUUAAAUCACUCCAUGGAUGGUGAGAGUGAAGACAUCCCUCUCAUCAACUUGCACCCAGCCUAUGUGCAUCCGGUUACGUCUCCCUUUUCUGGUGAUCUCAGAAAAGAGAUCACUCACCGCGGAGGCUUGGUCGGCUCCAAAAUCAUGAAGCGCUCAUCCUCUGUUAUUUCCGACUCAGGUAUCGAGAGUGAGCCCAGCUCGGUAGCGUGGCCCGUUGAGGCUAGUCUGCGUGGUCGGCCUCUUCUGGACUUCUCAAGUGAACGGGAAUUCCCACAACAGAUAGUGUGUCGGCACCCGGUUCACCGCAGCUCUCUGGAAGGGCUGCAGAUGCAGAGUAACGGCAGCCUUCCAAGCGCUGGUAUACAGGCUUCACUCACUUCCAUUAGCUCCCUGCCCUAUGAGGAGGACCAGCAGCAGAGGCAGCUCAGCAAACUGACCAAGUCGGUCUCAGCACCACAGAUAAGUAGCCCAGAAGACACAGAGGAGGACAAUGUGCUGCUCAGCCAGGAAGCAGUUACCAAGAGCUUAAUGCAACACCAGGACUCAUGUAACGUCACCUGCUCUUCUUUGAUCAGCAACCUGGAUUCAGAAACAUCACUAUUAGACACAAGUUCAGUCACAAAUCUUGACCAUAUUCUCAAGGAGAGUAUUAGUUUGGAAAAGUCAAAUGCAGACACGUGCAGACCCAAGACAGUUGUAGGUGGUGUGUCUGAAGUUUUGGAUCUGCAAGAGUCUGUAGAAAGCCCUCAUGUGAAGGAACGGGCUGUUAUUGGCAGCUAUGGGGAGAAUAUUAAUCUUCAAACACACAUCAGUGAAGUGAGCGCCUCAGUGGAGGAUGUGCAUCUCAUUGAAUCAGAAGCAGUGCCCCACAGCUGCGGAAAUAAACCGUGUAUGCAUGAAAGUGCAGCAGAUCAAGAGAGAAUUGACACUGGAGAUGAGUGCCAACCGCUCCAUCAGACUGAAGUGCUUACUGUUGAGUACCAGGAGGGUCUGGAUGUCUCCCAAACACCUCUCGAGCCCUCAAGGCUUCAGUUCUCCAACAACCUCUCCGACAGAACCACCGCCACACAGAGGCCCAGUGACCUUAAAGGGCUGAAAUCCAACGAUAUCAUAUCAUCUUUUGAACUGAAUGGGUUAUCAUCCAGUGAGAAAGAGCCUUUGGACUGCCCGACGAAGUCCUCUAAGAUCCCCAACUCUGGGCUGGCCUUUGUGAAUAAGAAGAUGGUGGAGGUGGUGAACAUGUCAGUGUCCUGUGCCCCGACCUGUCUGCCAUUUUCUUCUGUUCUAAGAGACUCUCCGUCCGUCAGUGGAAUGUCCACUCGCCAGACUACCUCUCCUAUAACCCAUCAGCCCCUGGGCUCCUUUGGCAUCAUCUCUUCAUCUUCACUCAACCCCCUCAACACGGAUGAUGACACCAACGAACGAAUGCUAAAUUUCUACAAGGCCAAAGAAGAGCUGUUCAAAGAGUUAAGUUUUCAGGCCAGCUUGUACAGCGACCUUCCUCUCCUGGCAUCAGAUCUGCCCUACUUUCCCCCAGAGGAGGACGAUGAGGAGUUUGAUGACGGCAUACACCUUGUGGUGUGUGUCCACGGGCUUGACGGAAACAGCGCAGACCUCCGUCUGGUGAAGACUUUCAUUGAGUUAGGGCUGCCGGGGUCCAGGCUCGACUUCCUCAUGUCUGAGAGGAACCAGAUUGACACAUUUGCAGAUUUCGACACCAUGACGGACAGGCUGCUGGAUGAGAUCAUUCAGCAUAUCCAGCUGUACAAUCUCACCAUUCGCAGGAUAAGUUUCAUCGGCCACUCUCUGGGGAACAUCAUCAUCCGCUCAGUGCUGACGAGGCCGCGGUUCCGCUGCUAUUUGCCCAAACUGCAUACUUUCCUCUCGCUGUCAGGCCCACACUUGGGAACACUCUAUAACAACAGCACGUUGGUCAGCACAGGCCUGUGGUUAAUGCAGAAGCUGAAGAAAUCCGGAUCCUUGCUGCAGCUCACCUUCAGAGAUCAUGUCGAUCCACGGAAAACAUUCCUCUAUAUCCUGAGUCAGAAACCAGGGCUCCAGUUCUUCAAGAAUGUGGUGUUGGUGGCAUCUCCACAGGACCGCUAUGUUCCUUUCCACUCUGCACGAAUAGAGAUGUGCAAAACUGCUCUCAAAGACAGAACCACAGGACCUGUGUACACUGAGAUGAUCACCAACCUCCUGCAGCCACUGAUGGAGGCCAAAGAGUGUCGGCUGAUCCGCCAGAAUGUGUUUCAUGCUCUGCCCAACACAGCCAACACUCUGAUUGGCCGAGCAGCCCACAUCGCUGUCCUGGACUCCGAGCUUUUCCUCGAGAAGUUCUUCUUAGUGGCAGGACUCAACUACUUCAAAUGAAGGUGCUAGUGCUCCAGACUGACAGGACCAAAUCGGUUUGCGACUGGCAGAGCUAAUUUGAAGGAAAAGGUCCUUACCUUCACCUUGUAAAGUCUAUUUCAUGUAUAUAAUCCCUGGUACCGAAGAGGCAAGACGUGUAUAUCUCAUUCGUUCGGAUUGAUAGCAGAUAUUAAUAACGUCAUUGUGUAUUCGGACUGUUUAAAUUGCUAACUCAGAAGUCUGAGUUUGACGUGUUGCCGUGCAGGUUAUGAAUAACCUGUCAGCAGGCAUUUAACUGCAGUAGUUACAUUGAAGAGUGGGUUGGAACCUAUAGCAUCGCUGGUUGAUUGAAUUCUUCUGUAAAGGUUACACAGAUGGUUUUAAACUAUCCAUAGAAACGAGGCAACAGAUGCACAGCAUUUAUCCUCUGGAUUGUACAUGAAUUUUUUGUACAAUACAGACUGCCCUUUAUACAGAAAUUAGUAUAUUGUUUAAAGUUAUUUAUUUUGUAUCUGCUGAAGUAUCUACAGUGUAACUAGUCCAUCCAAAUGUGAUCUCUUGUGUGUUGUUAUCCUCAAAUCAUUAGAUCUGAAAAUCGGUGUUAAUAAUACUGUGCAGGAGGAGGUGUUAUGCUAUGUAGACUGUAAUUCAGUAUAGUGUAAAAAGGAAUACGCUUUUCAUACACUUACUUUUAGUUAUGUGUGUCUCGUUGACCCUGAUUUGCCAAGAUAGCUAAAGCUACAGUGAAAUGAGCCUUACGGUUUCAUUGACACCAAAGGCUCUGUGUUAGCUUUUGUUUUUUAACUGAUUGCGCUGACAAAACAGGCCGAUAGACUAAUUUCCAUAAUCAUUAUUCCAUAAUACUCUUUAAAUCAUGUUACACCUGUCAGGCUUUGCCUAAUCACCAGAAAAAUAUACAGUCUUUUUUCAAUUUUGAUCUGCUACUGCUAUGCCAAUUUUAGUACAUUGUGAUGAACAGAUGGUUAUGUAAUUUCUCGAGUUGGCAUCAAACCACUGCAGAAGACACGGGAGCAAUGUGCUGAUCAGACUUUGUCGCAGCUCAAACAAAAAUGAAGUGAUCUAGGAAGAUAUCUAAGUGGAAUAAUGCUAGCUCCAGAUGUUGGUUAAAAAAGCCUUAAAAAGACUUUGAUACCGUAGCCCUGCUUGUUCAGCUUUGCAUAAAUACAGUCUUAUAUAUUCAAACAGUAUAUUUAAUAUAUUUUUAAAAAGAUUUUAGGGUACGGGCUCACUGAUUUUAAACUUUGCCCAAAUCCAAUUAAGAGCAAGACGGACAGUACGCUAUGGUUAGCAUCUAUAAUCGGCUUCAUAUUAAAAAAAUGACUACAUAGUGGAUUUGAUAGUCAUGUACAGGAAUUUUUAGCAAUGUAAUAAAGAAAACCUAUUUGGUGAAAGACCUUGCCCUAUAGAGUGGAGCAAAGAUAAUGUAAUUUCGAAGGUCAACCUUGAAGAAUUUUAGCAAACGCUUAAUACUUUCAUAAACCGUCCAAUGGCAUUGAAGUAAAUCUCAGCACGAUAGCUAUGAAGAUAACCCAAGUGAUAAACAUGACUAAUUCCCAGAUUGCUCCUUGAAUCAAGUGAUGGCUAAGCAGAAGAAAUGCUUCAUCAUGUAAUCAACAGCAGAUUCACUGUUCAUAUAAUGUGAAAGAGAAAAUCCAUGAUGAUGUACAAUCUUAUGGUCUAAUGACCAUCAUUUUUCUAAUGAACGAAAUUAAUUUAAAAGAAAAUCCUCUCAACAAGGUUGGAUCGUUUGUAUAACUAUAACAUUUAUUAUUUUUUAAAUAGGGUGAAUCAGGGUGAUAUUGCUUUGUUUUCCUGGAAAACUGGAUUAUUUUACAUAGUGUGGACCUACUGCCAAGACUUUUUACUCACACAUUGUCAUUUUCCAUCAAUAAAGUUCAGUAUCAUGCAUGAUGGGAGCGGGGAAGCACUGUCAUAGCAGAGCCUGUCUCAUGUUUUCUAAAAUAUGUGCUCAUCUCAUCAGCUGAAUCAGAACUGUGUUGGGUAAAUUACUAUUACUUCUGCAUCCACAACCUUUGCUGUCACAUUCGAGCGUAACAGACAGGUUUUAACAGCAUAUGGAUGAGGACUGUUUCCUCAUCACUGUGCUGUCCAUCAAAUGUUUACAUUCUGGCAUCAGAGAACUGUUAUCAUAAACGUCUCAUAUCCAGCAGUGGCUGUGUAUCUGCUGCAUAUGCAGUCUUGUACAUAUUGAGAGCUGUAUUUAACCUUUGCACUGGUUUGAUGGAAAGUGCACUUUAUUGACAACCUUGUGUCAACCUCCAGUAGCUUAACAAAGUCCAAACAGCAUUUUCUUCCUGUGUGUGUGUGUUUUUUGUUUUGUUUUUACAUGCACUGCUUCUUUUGACAUCUAUAGGUUGUAAGAGACGACCUUGGCUGUCCGUCUCAGCCAUUGAAGCAUUGUAUCGUCCUCAAAGUGUGCUGUCUCCGAGAACAAGCGGUGACAUCGCUCUUUACUGUGUAGAGGCUGUUGUCGUGGCGCUGCAUGGUAAGCAGAGUGUCACCGUGAUUGACUCUAAUCAAAUGGGUUCCCUUAGGACGCCGAGAUAGUUCCCCCAAAGACACAAAGCAAAGCUGCAUAAGCAUCAUGCAUCAUGUCUCAACACACACUCACACACAUACACACACACAAAGCCCCCCACACACAUACACAUACUGUAUAUGAAUUAGGCUUUAAUUGUUGCUUCUCUUUCAAAUGUGUGUUUAGGCCCAUGUGUGUUUUCUGAAAGCGGUCAGCAGGAACUGAUGGAGGGAAAAAGUGUUUUUGGGAUUCAGAAUAGUGCAUUUGAGAGAAAAUAGAGGUUCUAAGUCCAGUUUUUUUUUAUGACUAAAUGUGUCUCAGAGAGUGUUAAGUGUACAUCAAACCUGCUGUCAUAACAGACUGAAGUCAGAUGUGAUCCAUGAAUACAGUAGAUCCUUGAAAGUGCUGUCAAGCUUCAUAAUAGCUAACUUGAACCUUUUUGUAUUUGAUUGCCCUUUACUGAAGGUCAUGUUCAUUUGUGGUGUGUGAGUGUGUGUGUGUGUGUGUGUGUGUGUGUGUGUGUGUGUGUAUGUGUGUGUGUGUGUGUGUGUGUUAGAUGAAGGACGGUGUGUAAUAUCUGAAUGAAAGGAGAUGUGUGAUCCUUGUCUGCUCGUUGCCGGAGCCUCAUUCAUGUGUUUGAACUGAAAGUAAAAGAAAAAUUUGACAUCACUGUGAGGAACGUGUGUUUGCAGAAUGUAUACCAUGUACAGUAAAUACUACUUCAUCUGUGCCAAUACUAAUAUUUUUCUAUGUUGCUGACUGUACUGUAUGUACUCCUUAGUAGCUUGUGUUCUAUGUAAAAUUAUAAAUACAGAUAUAUAUAGCAUAGCAUUAUUAUAACGAUAGUAUGGUACAAUAAAAA